GGGACAUCCCUGGAUUUGGCAAUUAAUCGGUGCUCCCAGAGAGUUGAAAGGCACUGCAGUCUUCGCUUUUCGUCGGGGGCCUCAAUCACUCCACUCAAUCACUUCGUGGUCUCGUCGCGAGCCAGAUGGGAAAGGCGAAACUUUCUCCGCGGAGGAUUUAAGAAGCCAUCGGACCCAUUGAAAUCUGGCAAGGCUUAAAUUACCGCGGCGAUGCGUCUGCCGUUUCUGUCUGCAGGACCUGCUGCCGCUGCCGCUGCGCGCUGGCUGGGGGCGAGCGAGGCUGCUGCUGGUGCCACUGUUUGCCUCCUGCCCUUGCUGCAAUGAAUGAUGAGGGAGGCGGCGGCGAUUGCCGUUGCUCCGGCGAAGCACAAAUCCACUGCAACCACUCCUCAGGCAGUGGCAGCGGCAGGGAAAGCGGCUUUGCCUUUGUGAGGUUACAUCACAAUCCCGGCUCGGGCUGUCGUUUCUCUAAGCAGCACGCAGGCGGGCGGCCUCUCCGCCAGCCCGUCGGCGGGCGACAGCAGCAGGAGCAGGCGAGGGAGGGCACAAUGGCCGCGGGCGGAGCCGACGAGGCCCAGGCGCCCCCUGGAGCCGCCUCGCCGAAGCCUCCCCGCGCAUUUCUCAGCCGCCGGUCAGGCGGCCCUCUGCUGCGCUGGGACGAGGUGCCUGACGACUUCGUGGAGUGCUUCAUCCUGUCGGGCUACCGGCGGCUGCACUGCACGGCGCAGGAGUGCCUGGCGUCGGUGCUGCAGCCCACCAACGAGACGCUCAACUUCUGGACGCACUUCAUCCCGCUCCUGCUCUUCGCCAGCAAGUUCUGCCGCCUGCUGCUGCUGCGCGGCGCCGGCGACCUGCCCUUUCACCACCCGGCGCUGCUGCCGCUGUGGUGCUACGCCUCGGGCGUGCUGCUCACCUUCACCAUGAGCUGCACGGCCCAUGUGUUCAGCUGCCUCUCGCUGCGCCUGCGCGCCGCCUUCUUCUACCUGGACUACGCCUCCAUCAGCUACUACGGCUUCGCCAGCACGGUGGCCUAUUACUACUACCUGCUGCCGGGGCUGAGCCUGCUGGAGCCGAGCGCGCUCAGCCGCUACCUGCAGCAGCGCCUGGGCUGGCACGUGGACUGUAGCGCGCCCAUCGCCGCCUACAGCGCGCUGCUGCUGCCCGUGGCCUUCGCCCUGGCCGUGGCCUGCACCGUAGCCUGCUGCAAGAGCCGCUCCGAGUGGUGCGCCUACCCCUUCGCCAUCCGCACCUUCGUCUUCGUCAUGCCGCUCAGCAUGGCUUGCCCCAUCAUGCUCGAAAGCCUCCUCUUCGACCUCCAGGGCCACAACCCCACCCUCUUCGUGUACUUCUACCGCCGCUACUUCUGGCUCCUGGUGGCCGCCUUCUUCAACGUCAGCAAGAUCCCCGAGCGCAUCCAGCCGGGCCUCUUUGACAUCAUCGGCCACAGCCACCAGCUCUUCCACAUCUUCACCUUCCUCAGCAUCUACGACCAGAUGCUCUACGUCGAGGAGGGGCUGCAGCACUUUCUCCAAGAGCCUCCAUCCGCCUCACCCACCUUCUCCAGCACCGUGGGCUACAUGCUGCUCUUGAUACUGUGCCUAGCCCUAGUCAUCAGAAGGUUUUUAAAUGUCCAAGAGACCUGCAAACACCAUUGAGGUAUCCUUCCCUUAACGGUUUCUGUUGCAGUUCUUAUUUAAAUCACUGGAAGGUAUUUUUUGUUUUUUGGAGGCUGCUGCUUCAAAACUCCACAAGGCAGACCUUAAGCCCUGGUACCUCUUCUGAGGAAGCUACCAAGAAGAGCACUGAAUUCGUCCAAUCAAGCACUGAACUCCUUAGGGGUGGGGGAUGAAACACUUCUGUUUCUCUUGAAACAAUUUUAAAUUUUAAAGAAAGGCGCUCAAGCCACAUCACUGUAUGCAACUUACUCUUAUUUAUUGCUGCUUAGGACACAAAGAGAAGCCAUUUAGGACUAUUGCUUGAAAUUUCCUACAAUUUGAUCCUCAGUAAAUUAUUUGAAAGCAAGCCAUAUUGACUUACUUCCAACUAAUGUACUUAGGAUCCAGGUUUCAGGGGAACAAUUUGAACAAUAUGCAUGGGCCUCAUGAAUGCUACCUACUGAUUUCAGACUGUCUAGGUGAUGUUAUUUCAGUUAGCAAUAUGCUCUAGACCUGCACUGACAAACAAGAUUUAAAAUCAGAAACCAUGUGCAAUCACUUGGUGCAUUAUGCUCAAGGAUGUGUGUGUGCGUGCAUUUUUGGUUAAAGCAUUUUGAAGUUGUAGGCAGUAGAACUGGGUUUUCAACACAAGCAAAUUGAGGUUUGUUUCUUUUUGCAUUAACAGCCUUCACCCAAAGGCAGAUACACUGCUAAAACCUUCUGUGUAGAGGUAUGGUUGAAGUAACUGUGACUUAUAGUGGAACCAGCUAGUUUGAUUAGAAGCUGUCAGUUAAACUAUGAGAACAAAACUUCACCAGCCUACAUAUAUAAUGCCUGCCUCUCAUAAAGUGCUUUGUAUUCUGCUUCUGAUACCCAUUUACAAAAUAUGCAUCAUAUCAGUUGUGAAAAGUGCACAUAUGUUGAAAGUAUAACUGCAGUGCGUGUCCCUUUUAGAGCUAACAGGCCAUUUAUUUGACAUGGGCAUUAGCACGCUACAAGAAGUAGUGUUAAAUACAGGACCAAAUAAGCAGUGAAUUAUCCUGAAAUAACAGCCACUGAAUGCACUUUCUGAUUUGCUUACACCUGCACGAGGUGAAUCAGAGUUGAGCGGAAAGAGAGCAAGUUCUUUUCUCGUCUCUCUUUCAUACUGUGACAGUAGCAGGGUUGUUACCUCUCUUGGUCAAGUUUACAGUUUCUCAGAAAAGCAUGGCAACCUGUGGAUGACCCAGGAUGGUUGGCAAGAAAAUGUCCAUGAAAGACUCUGAAAUUUUAUGUUCAUGUUGACAGCAACUGUUAUCUCAGGACUCCAACUUUGAAACAGCUACUUCUGAGUUUUGAUUGGGUAAACAAGUCAUCGAUAAAACUUAUAAAAAUAAAACGUAUAGGCCUAUAGAGAGAAAAUCUGAAACUAUACCCUUUCAAGAGAGCUGUGGAAGUAAAGAGAACACUGGUUGGUUCACAGUUCCUAUUCCAAGAGACAAACUAGCCAUAAAAAGCCUACAAUAAGUGUAAUGAGCCUUUAUGGACUAGAAUCCAUUUCACCAGAUGCAUGAAGUGCUGUCCUUAGUUGGAAGGUCUAUGUUCAUACAUACAUACAUAUGGAGGGGAUGGUAAACAGUGGGGUCAAGAAACCGUGAAAUACAGACAAGACAUCCUGUGCCAUUUCUAUGCAAAGCUCAGCACACCGACCACUCAGAAUGCCAGUAGUUGAUGGUAAUCUUCUUAGUUUUGCUAUGCAAAUUUGAACACCUGUAGUGGAAGAGAUAAUUUUGAGUCCAGCUAAGCCCUAAAUGAACAGAAUGAAACUUCUAUGCGAAAUUCUAGUUUAGCCAUUUUAUGCUGGGGGCUCCUAUUGAAAUAGUUUUGUUGAGGAAUAGUGACUUUCAGAGCAGCAGCAGCAGUGUCCUAGGUGAUUGACUGAUUUAGGCUUUUAAAGCGAUUCUCAAAGUAUAGGUACAAUUUGAAACAAAAAUACAAAUACAAUCAUAAAACUGCAAAGGGACAUGAUAAAAACAAGAACUGGCAUUAAAAACAAACAGUAAAUUCAAGCAAAUCAUUAAAAGAUCUAAGAACGAAGAUAGUAGUUGCCUGCUUAAAAGAUGCAAGUUUCCAGGAGUGGGGAAUUAGAAUGUUAUCUUACUGGUUUCUGAAUGUUCCCAUUUUUAUGUGUCAGAUUUGUGUGUGUUGUGGUUUAUCUUAGGUAGACAGCAGAAAGUCAUUUUUGCAGGUUAUUGCAUAUAUCGUUGGGGGAUAAGCAGGUGAAUGAGUCCCUGAUGGUGUGGCUAAUGUUAGACAGUGUAAUAAUACUGUGUUAAGUGGAUAUAGGGACAAAAAUUCGCUGUUUUUUUGCAGAGCCUGGUUCCAUAGGUUCAUUGCGUGUCCUGUUGAUGCUGAUAAGUCACCAUUUUAGAUUAAGAAACUUUGUAAGAAAGGUCAGGCCAGCCACAGGGCCUAUGCAAGAGAAAUGUCGUUGUCCCACAUGGUCAUCCAUCAUCUCACAGAUCUUGGGUAGAGGCCUGUCCUUGUUUACAAACAAUACCUUUGUACUGUCUUGCCUAACACAAAUAGUGUCAGUCUUCCACGUAAAGUCUAUAUAUAUCAGAGAUUAAAAAAUGGCAACAUUUAGAAAAUAGCGGAAGGACAUUUCACUCUCCUAGAACACUCUGCUGUUCACACGAAAGACGCUAUUCUCCAAAAAAAAAAACACCAAAAACUUUUAAAAGGAAGAUUCCAGCAGGAAGUUGCCAAACUUGAAUUUAUCAGAAGUUUGACUCUAUUAAUUUAGGACUCAAAUUAGAACGAAAUCUUUCUCUUCUAAAAUGGAAAUGGGCUGCCUUCAAGUCAAUUGUGACUUAUGGCGACCCUAUGAAUAGGGUUUCAUGAUAAGCGGUAUUCAGAGGGGGUUACCAUUGCUUUCCAGAACAAUGUGUUCUUACCAGUUAAUGAAAUUGUGAAAGGUCACUGUGCUCAUUUUGUAUAUAUUUGAGCUUUCCAUAGAAAUGCUACUAGUUGUCUUUCUGCAUCUCAUGGCCUUUGGGCUCCACAGUUUACAACUUUGCUCCCUCUGUACAUCUGGGCAUGUUUGUAUAAAAUCCAUCAAGUAAGGAGACCUCUUUAUGUGCGUGAUGAUAGGGAUUCCAGUCCACACAAGCUUAUACCACAAUAAACAAUUGUGUUAGUCUUUAUGAUGCCACAAGACUAAAGCUUUUUCUCUGUAACUAAUAAUAAUAAUAAAAAUAUUUUUGUUAGCCUCCUCUCACCCAGAAUGUGGGUCCCAAGGCAAAUUACAUAGAUUUAAAAAUACAAAGCAUACAUGAAACCACACACGUUUAAAAAUAUAAAAAGUACCACCACCACCCCAGCCAGUCACCCCUCUGUAUUCCAAGAAGUGAUCCACAAACCUACAUAAGAAAAGCCCUGCUGGAUCAGGCCAGAGGCCUAUCUAGCUCAGCAUCCUGUUCUCAUAGUGGCCAACUAGAUGCCUAUGAGAAGUGCAACAGCAUUCUCCCCACUUUUGAUUCUCAGCAGCUUAUAUUCAGAGGCAUACCGCCUCCAACAGUGAAGGGACAACAUAGUCAUUGUGCCUCAUAGCCCUUGGCAGGCUUAGCUUAGAAAGCCUGUAGUUGUGAAUUUGAAUUGUGUUUCCCUGAUAGGGAAAACAACACCUGUUCUCGCUUAACCUAAAUGAAAUACAUCAGAAUGUAAGGAGAACAGUAGGAUCAAUUGGGGGAGUGAUAUUUAUCAGAAACUUAGUUGAAAUAAGAACAUCAUCCUCUUAUUACUUUUACAUCCCUUUGUUCUGCUGCUGUCUCCCAAUUCAAAGUACUGUAGCAGUAGAUGAACAUUAAGAGUCACUUAAUUUCAGGAUGUGGAUAAUCCAAAGGCUUUUCUUUGAAGACUGUUUUACAAUUUCCUAUCUGAUGUGUGGAUAAAGAGGCUUCCCUGCCCCCCAUGCUAAUGAACCUAGAGCAGUUCAGGGUAUUUUAUUUUGAAAGUUAUGUGAUGAAUAGUUGAUCUGAUUCUCAACCAGACGUUCUAUCAGUAUUCAUAUAAAUUUUUAUGGUUGUAAAGCAGACAGUAAUUUUCCAGAGGGGGAGGUAAUGUAAUCUAAGUAAAUAAUGACAUAUAACUGUGAUGCCAUAAUGGUACAGUAUAAUGCAAUGCAAGGAAAUUAUACUGUGAAGUUUAGGUGGCAGACCGUUGUUAAUCUCUAGGGAUGUGCUAGAAUUCCACCCAAUUUGGAUUUGGUACCAAAUAUUCCAUUAUUCUGCAUAUUUCUUAUUAUGUAGUGAUUUUCUGCUGUUAUUUUCAGAAACUGAAA